UUUUGCGUAAAGCACAGUUACUUUCAAGUUUCAACCUACGAGGCUACAACAACAUGCAUAGCAUCGCAAACACCACUCUUGCAUUGUUGAACUCAUGCAAAAAGCCCGCAUGGUCAAGACCACUCUCAGCAAGCUUCUCUAUGCUUCCAUUCUCGAUAUGGACUAUGCAACCUCCAUUUUCAGCGACAUUCAAACCCCCAAUCUUUGUUUGUUGAUGUUAAGAAUACCCUUUUGCGUUUCUAUUGUGCUUGUAGAAGAAUUGAAGAUGCACAUAAGCUGUUUGAUGAGUUUCCUGAAGGGAAUGACUUGGUCUCUUGGAAUUCGGUUUUUGAUUUGUUUACGAAGAUGUGUUGGAGUGGGCUUAUAGCUAGUGCUGCCACCGUCUUGAUCCUUUUGCCAGCAGCCGGUGAUACAGGGAACUUUGUUGUUGGGAAGUCCCUCCAUGGUUACUAUAUCCAAAUUGGAUUUAGUUCUCAUUUAAAUGUCCUUACUGCAUUGAUAGAUAUGUAUGCGAAAACAGGACUUGUGCAUUGGGGGCGUAAGAUUUUUGAUAGUCUUGUUGAUAAGGAUGUUGUCUUAUGGAAUUGUUUAAUAGGAAAUUAUGCAAGGAAUGGUCUGGUAGGAGAAGCAUUGUAUUUAUUACAGAAAAUGAGAAUUCAAGGAAUGAAAACUAAUUCUUCUACCUUUGUGGGGCUGCUUUUAGCUUGCCCUGCAUCCGAAUCUAUACAUCUAGUUCGUCACGUUACUAGUUUUAUUGAAGAGGAGAAACUACAACUGGAUGCAAUUCUGGGAACAGCUCUAGUUGAUAUGUGUGCUAAAUGUGGCUUUCAAGAUGAGGCUAUGGGCAUAUUUGAGAGGAUGGAAGAUAAAGAUGUGAAAUCUUGGACAGCCAUGAUUUCAGGUCAUGGAGUUCAUGGCCAGCCAACUAAGGCCAUUAAACUUUUCAAUAAGAUGGAGAACGGGGGGUUUAGACCAAAUGUAGUCACCUUUUUGGCAAUUCUGACUGCUUGUAGUCAUGGAGGACUUGUAAUUGAUGGGAUGGAUAUUUUUAAGCGCAUGGUUCAGGAAUUUGGCUUUUCACCACAGAUUGAGCAAUAUGGAUGCCUUAUUGAUCUCUUGGGUCGAGCAGGAAUGCUACAUGAAGCAUAUAAACUAAUCAAGAGCUUGCCAAUUAAGGGUGAUGCUACUGCAUGACGUACACUGCUUUCUGCUUGCCGAGUCUAUGGAGAUGUUAAAUUGGCGGAAUGUGUGAAAGAUGUCUUAGACAACAUUUAUGCAGUGCAUCCAACAGAUUCCCUCCUCAUUUCUAGCACUUAUGCAGCUGCUGGAAGAAUCUCAGAUCUUAUACCAAUGCAAGAAAUAAAACAAACAAAUGUUAUAGUAGAAAAUUAUGGGUUACAUGAAAAAAGGGAGGAAGUACAGUAAAGGAAGCUGGACUCAGCAGGGUUGUAAUUGAUAAUUAGGGAUAUAAGAAUACUAUAGGUUCACCAACAAGCAUUAUCUCUAUUACACAAAAUGGUGGCCUCUGUUGUGCACGAAAACUGCAAAUGCAAGGUCUGAUUACGAUAGGUUGACUGUAAUAGUCCUUUCUUCAAUUGCUUUUGUUGGUUUUGACUUUUGACCAUAUAUAAGAUUUUAAACUUUAUGUUGAAA